CUCUAGAUAAAUGACAAAAAGUAAUAUUGACAAAAUAUUGUGAAGUAUAAUUCUUAGUGAGGGAUAGAAAAGAUAUUAAAAAUAAUAGAUACAUUACUCUAUAUUUAUUUAAAAAUAAAUAGAAUAGUACAUUAGUGGUGAUAAAUUUCGUAAGUAAUUUAAUAAUGCCGGCUUUCAAUGUUGGUGUUAACUACUUUGUCAAACUUACGGAUUUGCUGUAAUAUAUAUUUUCUAUAUAUGUGCAACAUAGACAAAUUGUUAUUUUAACAAAUAAGGUGCAUUCUUCUACAUACGAGAUAAUUCUCAUGAUUACGAGCUAUUUCAAGACAGUGGAUUGGUCGGAUGUGUUUGGUUACUCAUAUUCCUUUAGUGCGUAUCCAUCUAGAAGUUAAAUAGAAGACGCUGUUUGAUAGGCACGUAACGUAACCUAUAAAUCAAGAGAAUGAAAGUAUUUCAAAUAAAAAAAAUUGAAUACAUAUUUUUUUAUCAGGUGAUUAAGAUUGAAAGAUAAAUAUAAAUAUUUCAAUAACACAGAUUUAUCUUACGAGUUAUAUUGAUAAUUUAUUCAAUGGGAAGUUUAUUAAAAUAUUUUUUUUUGAAUCAAUAUAUGCUGAGGAGAAGAAUAAUAUAUAAUCAUCCAAUUCCGGUGAUUUAAAACUUGUAAAAUUGACAAGAUUGAAAAUUUUGAAAAGUUUAAAUGUCAUAGAAACUUAAUGUCUUAAUGUCAAACAUCUUAAUAAGAUGGUAUUUUUUACUUAAUGAAUUUAAGUAGGCAUAAAGUCAAUCAAAACAUGCCACAUCCGUGUGUUGUGUGUGGACGUUCUCGUAUGAAUCCAAAUAAUAAAGAAGAAGAAUAUGUAUUUUUUGGUUUUCCUGUUAAUGAUGAGGAACGAUGCAGAAAAUGGUUAGAAUUCUGUUGUCGUGAAGAUUUGUACAAGCUUACAAAAAAACAACUUCUACAAAGAAUGGUAUGUUCUAAACACUUUGAACAGAAACAUUUUUUGAAUGAGUAUUAUGAUAAAUUAAAUACUACAGCAGUACCAUCUAUCUACGAUCCAUUACAGAGUUUGUAUAAUAUUACAUGCGUAUUGUGUAGACGACUUCGUCGGGAUCCACCUGAUAUAAAUUAUGACGGAGUUACUUUUCAUCAUUUUCCAGGAGAAGAAUUUCGAUGCUUGAAGUGGCUUGAUUUUGUUGGGGUUGAUUCUUAUUACAGAUUAACGAGGAAAGAAAUAUUGUUUUGUUAUAUAUGUUCUAAACAUUUUGAUCGUUCACAAUUUAUGCAAGGUUAUAAAAGUAGAUUAGUGGACAAUGCCGUUCCUAAUAUUCGCAAUCCUGAUGAAGUAGAUUCAGCGGAAGAAUAUAUUCUAGAAAUGGAUACAGAAACAAAAGUGUACAAUUCGAUAGAAAAAAUUAAGAAAUUAGAACCACUUUCACCAGCUGUUCUAGAAAGCCAAGCUUGUGCCGCAUGCGGUAGAUCUAGAUCUGAUCCAAGAAAUAAAACUGAAAGAUAUAAGUUUCAUCCGUUUCCAGCUUAUGAAAUAGGAAGAUGUCUAAGAUGGUGCCAAUUUCUGGGUAGAGAGGAUUUAUUGAAAAUGUCUCCCAAUCAAAUACGGAAAUUAGUAUUAUGUUCGAAACAUUUUCAAACUGGUCAAAGUUUUCAUAAGGUUGGUCCUUGUGAUGCAGUUCCAACCAUAAAGGAUGUUUCUUUAAUACAUUCUGGUAAUUCUAAUGAAAAUAUACAAGAUGAAGAGAUGACAGAAGAAACAAAUGAGAAUUCUGGUUAUAUUGCAACUACAAAAGGAUUAAGAAAAUCAGGAUCUUUAACGCCUCUAGUAUCUAGUAAAAAACCAAAGAUAGAUAAUAAGCCAACACCGUUAGCAAAAAAACGUGGCAAGUGUAGAAGGCCAACAGUAAUUAACAUUCCAAAGCCUGACCCCAACAACAUAGAAAAUCUAAUGGUAAAGAAACUACCUUUGCCUCCUACUCCAAAUUGGAAAUUUCAAUAUGCAGAUCAAUAUCAACCAAUAACAAUAACAAACAAUAUUACAUCAAAUAUUACUAACACUAUUCCUAGCAAUAUAAAAAAAGUUAUUUUACCUUUUACUGGCGACUUGUCUAGUUUGGGUAAUCCAAUACCAGUGCAUAGUUUAUCAAGCAUUCCUCCUGGUUUUUUAAUCAAAAUCGAUCUUCCUGAGCAGGAGAAACAAAAGCCUAUAAAAACAAGUAGAAGGCAGAGUAAACAAAAUUUUCAAAUGAAACUGAAAAAUGGUCAAGUAAUUACUACUUUACCAAUAAUUAAAGAUGAACCAACUUCAGAUAAAAAUCUUAUCGAAUUGCUAUCGGAUUCUCCAGAACCUAUGGUAAGUACAUAUAAGACAUUAGAAUUAGACGAACAAGAUGAAGAUCAAGAACAAGACCAACAGCUAGAUCAAGACGAUCAAGAUGAUCAAGAUGAUCAAGAUGAUAAGGAUGAAGAAAUCAUGCUACCGCAUGGUUUUGAAGUAUUAGAAGAUGAUCCGGAUUCUAUCAAUAUUAAAGAAGAUGACUUUUUUGAAAAUUUUGAGGAGGUUGAAACAUUACCUGUCAAAUCUCAGAAGAGAAUUCGCAAUCGAAACAGAAGAUUAACUAUGAGAAGAACUAUUUUUCCUAUACAAAGUGAGGUUAAAUAUUUUCUUCGUAAAGUUGCUCCACACAUACAUAAACUUCCUACAAAAGCGAGAGCACAGAUUAAACUUUCUAUUGUUAAUAUGGUGAUCGAUCACUUAUAAGAUUUAUAAUUCAUAAUACUAUUUUUUAAAGAAAAAACCAUUGUACAUGAUAUAUAUAAAGUUUAAGACAUUUUUCGUAUAACAAGAAAAUGAUUAACAAUAAGUUUGUAAUUAACGAAAUGGGUAGAUAUUUAUAGUUAUUAAGAUAUUGACAACUAUGUCAGUAUAAUUUAUGAAAUCUUAUUUUUAUGCAAUUGUAAAGACUUAGUUACUAAUGUUAUUAAGUGUUUACAAAAUUUAGAAGAUUUAGGUAGAGUAAAAAAUUUUUAUCCAUUGAACACUAUAACAUUUUUCUAAUAAAAGAAGAAAAGUAAAGUUAAAAUUAAUUUACGUUUAAAUUUGUUGCCAUUGAAAUUAUGUUAUAAUUCUUAGAAAAUAUUACAGAAGCUAUGUUUAAUCUAAAGCUCUAAAUUUCUAUCAUACAAAUAUAUAAUUCUAAGCUUUUUAUUAAUAAUGAUUAAAUUUUAUUACGUUAAUUUUUAAAAUAUGAAAAUAUAGAAUGCAAGUUAUUUAUGUAAAAAUAAUCCUCUGUUAUAAAUCGCGCGUAGUACUAAUAAAAUUAAUAAAUUCCUUAAAGAAUGAUACUUAUUCUAUGAUAAAUGACAUGUUAAACAAACGUUUUGCUUGUAAUAAAAAAAAACAAUUACUUUAAACUUAACAAAAUGAUAUAUUAUUUUUAUUUUAUAAACUUAUAUUUUGAAAGUGAAUAUUUUAGCAAGUUAAUACAAAAAAAUAAAAUGAAAUAUUGUAGAUAUUGUAAACAAACAACUCGUUAUUAAUCUUUAUUGACUGCACUUUUUAAAUAUUUAAUAAGGAAAAUGGUUAGUAGUAAGAAUAUACUGUUCUGC